AUGGUUAGGACUACAGGAUUAGGUCGUGCCUUAGGUCAGGUUACUGGCAGAGGUAUGGGCAGAGGAGAUCGUGAUGAUUCCGAUGAUGCUCCGCAGCGUCGACGGCCUACUACAUCCGCACAGAGGCAGCGAGUCGCUGUGACUACGGUGCACGAUGAGCCAGAUGUUCAGGAUGACCCGAUGGAGGCACCAGCUGCUAUAGAGGACAUUGUGGCAGACAUUCCUGCGGACACAGGCGCAGAGGCUGCUGAGGAUGAGCAUGAGGGAUUUCUGGGUGGUCCGAGCGACCCAUCCGUGUUGACCCAGUAUGUGGAGCACGUUGCUUGCAGCGUAUGGACGGGAGAGGAGUGUCCUAAAUUGAAGCUAUCCUCUCAUGGGAGGAAGGUUCACAGUUUAGGCAAGUUUGUCCCUGCCAUUGAGGGACUUGUUGCUGAGUCUGCUAGGGCUGAGACAGCCCAAUGUCGUGGACCGUACGUACACCUGCAAUGGGUACGUGAUAUAUAUGAGCGCCAAUGCCAGGCAAGUCAUUGGACAGUUACGGCUCGCGUAUAUCUACUUCAUCUUCUGGGUUGCACUCUGCUUGCUAACAAGAGUGCAACCAAUGUCCAUGUUGUCUACUUGGAGGCCCUUCGUGACCUCAGUAUGACGGAGAGGUACGCCUGGGGAGUGGCUGCUUUGGUGCAUAUGUAUGACCAGCUGAACAAUGCAUCUAUGAGCCACAGCCGACAGCUUGGCAGUUACAUCACACUGCUGCAGUGCUGGAUUUACGAGCACUUUCUGUCAGUCGAGGACUCCACUGCUGAUCAGGAGUACAACGAGGAUUCUUUGUGUGCGUGUAGGUUGAUUGCGACCAAGAAGACCGUGAAGAGCAUUCGUACGCCGGCGUACAGGGAGCUCCUGGACUGA